CCCUGUCCUGGCGCGUUGGCGCUCGCCGCCACACAAAAAACCCACACCGUCCAGAGGAUCCUCGACAACGCCGCCCGACGAUUAUCACAAAGACCCACACACGACGCCAGCCUGGUGCAGGCCUGGACGCGCCACGCGGGCAAGUUCGUGUCCACAGAUGGGCCGCCGUCACCAAUCGGUGCCCACGGGGCUAAAGACAACAAUCUGUCGUCACGAACUCAACAGCUUUCGGAGACACAUGGCGCAGUCCCUCGGCUCAUCGUGUCGCCUCGGCCAGUGGAUGGUGCCCUCCUCCUCGACUUGGCCCCUGGCAUAGUGGACGCCAUACGAGCGCAUUACCUUGGCCGGGGAAAGAUGGAUAGUCUGCCGCACAAAGUGUCGCUGCUGCAGCUGGCGGCGGAGGACGACACAGUACCGCAUCAACGAAAGGUAGGUAGGUAAGUACCGACCCGACCUGGGCUGGCUGUGGCACCUGCGUGUAGGAGUCGAGUGGUAUUUCUUUGUGCCUCUUAAUUUCUUGACAGGUCAUCGAAAUGUUUCUGGCCAAAUUCUACGGGGCUGACCAGCCACGACGCCGAGCGAAGAAGAUACUCGACAAGGGGAAUGACGAACGCAAAGACAAGAAAGAAAAAGUCAAAGAGGAGACCAAAGACAAGGAUGACGAGCGCAACAAAGCGGUCGACGAGGGAAGCAACCGACCAACGACGGGCAGCAGGACACCGAAGUCGCAAGAUACAACGGCCCCACGGCGAGAGCAGACGCCAGCAGCAGCAGCAGCAGCAACACGAGAGACCACCCAACAGGAGACGCCGCAUGACCAGGGCAGUGGCAGCGAUCUGUUGCGGCAGCUGGUGCGGGAGAUCCAGAGCUUCAUCAGAGAGGAAGUGAGCAAGGCGUUAGGAGGGCAGCCAUCGAUGGCUGAGAGAGUGAGACGAGCGCGAGGGCGGCUGGAGACAUCGGGUGAGCAGUCUGCAUAUACAGAAGAUGAUAUAAUGAAGCUUCUCAAGGGUGCCACCAUGCGAGAUGAGCCUUGACGGAUGCAUGCAUGCCCCCGUGGAGGAGGCCGGCCGGGACACGCUUUGGUCUUGUUUGGUGGGUGGAUGGAUGAAUGCGGGUGUCUCUGUCCGGCCGGGGUUGUUUGUAUCUCCCGCUCACCUGCACCGCACUGUCGUUUCUGACCCCUGUACAGUACUUGCUCAAUAUGACCCUGUCUGCAGACAGACAGACAGAGACAGACAGACAUGCCUGCACAGAAACUUCAGGAUGGGAGGGAUGCAAUCCAUCAUGUGAG